AUGUUAAACAAUGAUUUUGACCUUGGUUCCAUAGAGAAUGAAUUUUCAAGUAACAGAGAUCAUAUCCAACAGUUAUACUUGAAACAUGAUUUGACGCCAAAUGAUUUGAUCUCAGUGCUGGAUUGUUGUAUAGCAUAUUAUAUCAAUAUUAGGAUUUUUCAACUUCAACAGACAUUUGGGAUGAGAAUGCUUUCUAAUAAUUUAAAAAAAGCAAAUGUUAUAUGUAAUAAUCUUAUUAAAUCUGUAUUAAUCACAUUUAAUGAAUUGGGAAAUCAAAAUAUUUAUGUUAACAUAAAUAACAACAAUAACAACAAAAUCACAAAUGAUAGCAACGGCAACAAUACUAACAGCAGUAGUAAAUAUGGUCACUAUGAUGAAUAUAUAAAGACAAUGAUACAAUCAAUCAAGGAACUAGAACUUUAUGACUCAUUUAAAUAUGCAUUUCUAGACAAUUCAAAGAAAUUUUUUCGUGAGAAAAGUUUAUCAUACCGACCAUUAAUUGAAAAUCGUAAUAUAGGCACCUAUUUGAAGUUGAUCAAGCAACAAAUUGAGUUUGAGAUUGAUAAAGUGACUUAUUUUUUUGGUGAAGAUUUGUAUAUCAGAGAAUCUUCAGCUAAGAUCAUGAUUAAUGAAUAUUACCUCAGGCAUAUGGAUAUUAUAAUUGAAAAAGAAAAUUUGGAAACAUUAAGUCAAUUAAAUAAGAAAUUUAAAAACAUUCAAUCAAAUGAAAAACAUUCAAAUAUUGUAAAUAUGUGGAAUAAAAAUUUUAUGUCAUUUGUCAAUGAAAAAAAAGAUAAUAUCACUAAUUUUUGUGUCGAUUAUAUUGAUCAUUUAAUAAUAACACCUUCAGACAACACAAAAUCAGAGAAAACAGAUGAAAUAUUAGAAAUUACUUCAUUAAUCGUAUUAUUAGAUGGGGAUGAUUUAUAUUUAGAUAAUUUAAAUGCAAUGAUUAAAGACAUCCAUGAAUCAAUUGAAAUAAAAAAAGAUUUUGAUAUUUUUAAUCAUCUAAAAGUAACAAUAUUAACAGGGUCUUAUUGGCCAAACUUUAUCACUGGAUCGUCAUCUGGAGUUGUUGAUCUAAAAAUACCAUAUGAAUUGUUCUUGAUGAGGAAAUCAUUUCAAGAUUAUUAUUAUUGCAAGGGAAAAGAUAGAAAUCUUAAAUGGUUACAUUCCUAUGAUAAUCUAAUUAUUUCUUCAAUUCAUCCAAAGAGAUUGAAUUUAUCCGAUGCUAUUUUUAUUAAUGAAAACUUAAACUACAUCGAAUCAACCGUCGACAAUCCAAUAAUAAUCGCUGAACGAAAAUCACAAAAACAGGUAUCAACAUCAGAGGAUGUUCAAACCUCUUCUUAUAAUAUAUCCAACGAAAUAAGAAUAGAUUCAAGGAUAAUGAAAUUAAUGAAAUUGCAUAAACGUUACCAACAAAAUAGUUUGAUUAGUUUUAUACAAAAAGAUUUUAAAAAUAAUUUUCAUCAACAAAUUCAGAUUAAAUCCUUAAUAAAACGACAAUUUUUAAGAAUUGAAGGCAAAAAUGUUAUUUAUGAAUUGUCUUCCAUAGAACGUAUUUGCUUUCAAAUUGAACAAGCUCAUUGGUUCUACGAAGAUUUUGUUCGUGAACAAAAUCCAAGUUUACCCAGCUUCACAUUAAAACAUGAAAAGGCGUUUGGAGAUUUCAUGAAGUACAAGAUUAGAGUUCCAGUUUGUGGCGCAAUAAUGUUAAAUUCUACAAUGGAUAAAGUAUUAUUGGUAAAAGGUUGGUCUUCACGAUCAGGUUGGGGUUUUCCAAAAGGUAAAAUAAAUAAAGACGAACUUGAUUCAAUCUGCGCUGCCAGAGAGGUAUUCGAAGAGACUGGGUAUGAUAUCACACCACUUAUCAAAGAAAAAGAUUUUGUGGAAAUAACAAUUCGUGGUCAAAGAAUUAGAUUGUAUAUAGUGGUUGGCGUACUAGAAGCUACCGAAUUUUGUCCACAAACGCGCAAAGAAAUCAGCGUAGAAUGGCAUAAUCUUUCAGAUCUUCCCACUUGGUCAAAAAACCGUAAUAAAGAAUCACCCUUUAAUUGUGGUGGUGGUUGUGUAAAAUAUGGUAGCAGUAGAUAUUACAUGGUUGUUCCGUUUGUUACUCGCUUACGAAAAUGGGUACUAGCGCGAAAUAAUCCCAAGCGUAAAAACAAAAAUAAUAAUGCCAAUAAUAGCAAUAAAGCAGGAAGAAGUAAAGCUAAGGCUGAUUUAUAUUAUACAAAAAAAUCAAAAUCAAAACCUGCUACUAGUACCAGGAACACUACUAUUAGUAGUAGCAGCAACACUAGCGAAAAGCCCAAAUAUGAAUUGAUUAAUGUAAACACAAAAUUGAAUUUAAGAAUACUUAUUUCUAAACUGGAUCCUGAUCAAUCAUCAUUUAAUCAUAACGCUCCAGUUGGUCCAUAUGAACCUGCUAUUUUCGAUUACAAUAAAAGGAUCAAUGUCACGAAUCAAAAUAAUAACACCACUACCAGAGCUACAAUAUCUAUUGAUGAUAAAGUACUCGUGCCAUCCCUAGUUGAUAAUGAUUUGGAAACUCAACGAAAAAAUUCAUUGCUCAGCAUACUUCAACCAACAAAAUCAAUAGCAUCCUCAUCAUCUAAUGCUGCAGCAGUAAUUAAUAAACAAUUGGAAAAUCAUAAUAAAAAUAUAGAAUAUAUUCAUCAAAUAAAUUCUUCUUCAAACAGCAAUCCAUUAUAUAAUAAAAUAUUACAAUCACCUUCUCUUUAUAAUAACAGCAAUAACAUCAACAGCUAUUACAACAAUAAUAAUAUUUAUUAUAAUAAUAAUAACCAUGCAUUAUUAUUAAAUCCUAUGACAAUUCCACAUCCAAUUCAAGAUACUUCUGCUAAUAAUGCACUUUAUGAAGAAAUAAAGGCACAAGAAAGACAAUUACUUGAUUGGAUAACAACUCAAAUAUAG